AUGGAGAAUUCGACGAAAGAAUCCGGUGGUGGUGGUAGUGGUGGUCCGAAAAAGUUCUUAGUGAAAAUAUACCAAAUGGUUGAUGAUCCAUGUACUGAUAAUAUAGUAUCAUGGAGUCAAAGAAACAACAGUUUUAUCAUUAAGGACAGUGACGAAUUCUCCAGCAAUCUUCUUAAAAAGUAUUUCACACACAACAAUUUCUCCAGUUUUAUUCGGCAGCUCAACUCUUAUGGAUUUCACAAAAUCAAACAAGAUCAAUGGGAGUUUGCUAAUGAAUAUUUUCUGAAAGAUCAAUAUCAUCUUCUUGAUAAUAUUCACCGCAAAAAACCUGUUCACAGUCACUCUCGUGGAGAAGUAGAAAGGUUUGAAUUUGAAGAAGAAAUUAAAAAACUUUCUAAUGAAAAAGCCGCAAUUGAAUUAGAUAUUUCUAACUUUGAGCUGAACAUGCCAGCUAAAAAGCUUCACGUGGACAAUCUGGUGCAAAGAUUAGAAGCAUCAGAGCAUAGACAUAAUAAUUUAAAGAACUCUUUUGAAAUGGUUCUUCAAAAUCCAAAAUUUGUUGAAGAAAUGAAUAAGAAAGUUGAGUUCAUUUUUUCGUCAAGAUUUUCCAAUAAAAGGCCUUUUAUUGAUGCUGGAGAAAAUGCUUUUGUUGGCAACAGUAGCAACUUUGGGUUAACAGAAGUUGGAAAUAGUUUGACUAAUAACGAUAACAACUUUGGAUCGAUGGAAGUUGAAAAUGAUUUUGCUGACAUUGAUACCAAUUUUAGAUUUAUUGAUUUUGGAAAUCUUUUUGAUGAGUAUGAUAACUAUAAAUUUAUGGAAGAAGGAGACACUGCACAUGAUAAGGUUAUGGGUGAAGGAGGGUUAUCAAAAAAAACUUAG